AUGGCCUCUUCCGUUGUCCUGUUGUUAAGCUCCAGUUUAUGGAGCGACAAGCUGGGCUCUUCCUCGGUUUCUUUUGUUACAGCCUCAGUGACCACAUUCCUCCUCUCGCUGGUUCUUUAUUUCUACCGCGAAUUGUCUCAAACAUUCAAUAAGCGUCCAUCGCAUUUUGUGGCCCGUAGCUGGCUUGACUCUUGGGCCCAACCGAAGGUCAAUGCUCCACUAGUGGAAGUCAAGAACAACGAUUAUCGCGAAGCUUUGGCGCGUGGAUCAACCCAAUAUCCGACGAGUGCCUACCGCAUCAAACACUUCCCCGGAGAGAUUGUCAUCAUCCCAAAUCAAUGCUUGGAUGUGAUCAAAAAUUCAACUGAUACCAAGUUAAGCUUCCAGCAAGGCUCCUAUGAUUUCUUCCUAGGUGAUCAUACGGGGAUUACAGGGCAUGAGAAGGCUACUGCUUCCUUACUCCGGGGUCACCUUGGUCGUCUCCUCGAUAAGGUUUACACCGUAGUGGAUGAUGAGGCCAUCCGGGCAAUUAAAACCCAGGUCGGCGAAUGCGAAGAGUGGACAGAACUUGCACUGUUCCCUGUGGCAGUGAAGAUGAUUAUCAUGGUCUCCCAACGUGUCUUUGUUGGGGAGCCCCUUUGUCGUGACGAGCAAUGGAUCAAAGCCAUUACAGUUAUGACCCAAGGCGCAUUUGCCAGCGUUCCUGAUCUAUGGCCCGCCCAUCCUCUCCUCAGACCGUUCAUCGCUUGGAGACAUCCAAAAUUGCACGCUGUUCGAGAAGCCAAAAAGGAGGCCAAAAGGAUCAUCCAGCCAGUCAUCCAGAAACGUCUCGAAGACAGUAAGAAGCCCGAUUUCACCCCGCCCGAUGACCUGAUUCAACUGGUUAUGGACACCAUCAAAGGAGACAAGGGCAAAGAUGUGGAUUUUCAAAUCACCGCUCAGGUGGGAACCAGUCGUGCCGCUUUGUUUACAACUGCUUCGACAGUUACUCACCUCAUGUAUGAUCUCACCUCUCGACCUGAGUACAUCGAGCCGCUUCGUGAAGAGGUCUUAGCUCUAGGUGAUGUCCCAAUGAACAGAGUAAACGUUGCCAAGCUUCGAAAGAUGGAUUCCUUUAUUCGGGAAUGCCAGAGAUUUGUUCUCUUCAUGCUUGUUGGCACAAUUCGCAAGGUCACAUCCCCAUUCACCAUGGCAGAUGGUACCCAUCUUCCCGUUGGUGUUCUUGUUGGGGUAGACACGAACCACAAUGUCUUCAAACACUCCACGCUUGAGAACCCAGAAGUUUUUGACGGGUUUCGCUUCGAGAGACUGCGCAAUGAGCCAAAUUCAGACUCAAAGUUUCAGGCCGUUGGUACCGGGAAUGAUCACCUAGUCUUUGGCCUGGGCACUCAAGCCUGUCCUGGUCGCUUCUUUGCCAUCCACGAAGCGAAAGUUGUCCUGGCGCGCUUUUUGAAGUAUUACGAUUUCAAGCUAUCGGAUACCACCGCCCCAAAUCCAAUGGGAACCGCUGCAGGUGUGCUGACGGUUGUCGAUCCUACGACUAAAUUUUGGUUCAAAAAACGAGCCAAUUGA